AUGGCUUCACAAAAACGGCACAGCCGCCGAAAAAGUAUUCAAAAUAGCGAUCCAGGGAAGAUUUUAGAUUUAGUGCUGAGCCUUACUGAUGAUGGCGCUGCGCAACUCGAAGUCAAAAUAAAUACAUACUUACACGAUGAAUGUGAUGCUGAUGCUGUGCUACAAGUUGUAAUCCACAAUGUGGGUAUGGAGGCUUCUAUCGAUGCCGUGGAUUCAAUUGCGUUACCACGAAAGAAUAAGAUAUGUAUGACCACUAAAAUGGCGGAUGUCUUAAAGACAAUUAUGGAACAGAGCGAUAUACUCACGAACUUCGGUUCGGAUUUUCAAUCAAUUGUAGGACCUUAUGUUACCAAAGACAACACCAAAAAGCGUGUUAUAAUGUUCCCAGUUUGCGAUAAAACGUUUUCUGUGAUUGUCUGUGUGAUUGCGCCGAAGCUUUUAGAGGAACAUGCCGCUAUACUCAUUCAUGAAUGCUUCCUGUAA